UGACUCCAAUUAUCACUGGUUCCAUUACCAAAGCAAUCAUCAACUUUACAAUUUCAAUAUGUGGAAGAUUGGCCAGAGAGGAAAACAAUAUGUCCAGAGACUCAUUUCAGCACAAUUCACGACCUUGCGGUCCUUACCAACUUCUUUGGUCGAGACAGGGCAGAAUCGUGUCAUUGAUGCCUCUUUAACUCUCAUCCGUGAAAGAGCAAAACUCAAAGGAGAGUUAGUGCGACUCAUAGGAGGAGCAAAAGCUACAACAGCUCUUCUUGGAGUACCACUUGGUCACAACUCUUCUUACCUUGAAGGUCCAGCCUUGGCUCCUCCUCAUGUAAGAGAGGCUAUUUGGUGUGGUAGCACAAACUCCACUACUGAAGAAGGGAUGGAGCUAAAAGAUCCACGGAUUCUAAGUGAUGUUGGGGAUAUUCCGGUACAAGAGAUUAGAGAAAUGGGUGUAGAUGACGAAAGACUGAUGAAUGUAGUAAGUGAUUCAGUAAAGCUGGUGAUGGAACAGGAACCAUUGCGUCCGCUGGUCAUAGGUGGAGACCAUUCUAUAUCUUAUCCUGUUGUGAGAGCCGUGUCCGAGAAGCUUGGAGGACCUGUGGACAUACUUCAUCUUGAUGCUCAUCCAGAUAUAUAUGACCGUUUCGAAGGAAAUUAUUACUCCCAUGCAUCUUCUUUUGCACGUAUUAUGGAAGGUGGCUAUGCCCGGAGGCUUUUACAGGUUGGGAUCAGAUCAAUAAACAAGGAAGGAAGGGAACAAGGCAAAAGGUUUGGAGUAGAACAAUAUGAGAUGCGAAACUUCUCAAAAGAUCGCCAAAUGUUAGAGAAUCUGAAACUAGGGGAAGGAGUGAAGGGUGUGUAUAUCUCGAUCGAUGUUGACUGUCUUGAUCCCGGAUUUGCUCACGGAGUAUCCCACUUUGAACCGGGAGGCCUUUCUUUCCGAGACGUCCUUAACAUUCUACACAACCUUCAGGGAGAUUUGGUUGGGGCUGAUGUUGUUGAAUACAACCCGCAGCGGGAUACCGCGGACGACAUGACGGCAAUGGUCGCGGCUAAGUUUGUUAGAGAGGUAGCUGCAAAAAUGUCCAAAUGAAUCUGAAUGGUAUUAAAGAGUUUGUAGUUUGUUUAUGCUUUUGUGUUUCGUCAUGUAAGCUUGUUAUAUAUAUGUGAUAAAUAAAUGUGGUCUAA